AGCAGAGAGUCCGCUUCAUCCCACCGUCCUGUCACAGCAGCACCGUCAGCCCCGGUCAUGUGACUGACAGACUCCUCUCCUGAGUUGUUCCCAUCUCCCACAGUCAUGGCGGUGUCGGGGAGUCGCGAAGAUGGAGUAAACACCACCACUACAACAUCUUGAUUUUGUUUUAGCUCUUUGCUUCAUGCCGGACUGUAGCUGCCGUCACCCGAAAUAUCGCAAACAUCCCGCUGGCUGCUGUGCUUCCAACGAUGGCCGACCGCAGCGUUGAUCUGUCGGCUCUGCCUAAAGAGGUCAGGGACCAGCUGGCGGAGUUGGAUCUGGAGCUAUCCGAAGGUGACAUCACACAGAAGGGCUACGAGAAAAAACGGACCAAACUCCUGGCUCCCUACAUCAUCCAUACUCCAGUAGAGCCGCCCCGUCAGAAUGAUGUGCAGCCUGCUCCCAGUUCAUCCUCCAGCCAUGCCCAUCCCCCCUCCAGCUCAUCCCGUUACCGUGAACGUCGCUCCCGCAGAACACAUCGCAAUGGAGGAACCAGGGAUGACCGCUACAGAUCAGAUAUCCAUUCUGAGGCGGUACAAGCGGCCCUGGCUAAACACAAGGAGGAGAAGAUGGCGCUGCCCAUGCCUACCAAACGACGCUCCACUUACGUCCAGUCUCCCAUCGAAACCCGCACACCACCAGACUCUUCAUCUGGUUCUGAAGAUGAGACGUCCGUGCGCAGGCAGUCAUCGGUGGUCACCGCUCCACCUGUGGUCAAUCCCAACCUACAGAGCCCAGACUCUUGGAUCAACCGCACCGUCCAAGGAUCCUCCACCUCCUCCUCGGCCUCCUCCACCUUGUCCCAUGGAGAGGCCAAACCACAGCCUCAGAGCCAGCCUAAGCCUCAGCCUCAGCCCCAGUACAAGCCGCAGUACCAACCUCUGUAUCAGCCUCAGUACCAGCAUCAGCAUCAGCAUCAGCAUCAGCAUCAGCCUCAGCCUCAGCCUCAGCAUCAGCCUCAGCCCUCAGCUCAUACCGCAGCUGUGAUGGACAUGCUGGCUCACAGUCGCAUUGCCCCCUCAGAGAACAGCGCCCCCCCUCCAGAUGUGACAGCUGUGGCCCCUCCAUCCAGAGGCCCGCGGGUCGACCUGCCCAACGCCGUGGUCCGAGGGAUGAGCCGAGGGCAGAGCCGCUCGAGCAUGAUGGAGACUGCGGACGCGAGAGGUAAUAUCCAGAGAGUUCCUGUAAACAGCAGAGUGUCCACUAAGAUCCAGCAGCUGCUCAAUACCCUGAAGAGGCCCAAGAGGCCUCCACUCAGCGAGUUCUUCACCGACGACUCAGAGGAGAUCGUAGAAGUGCCCCAGCUGGACCCCAACACACCCAAGCCGGAGGGCCGUCAGAUCAUCCCAGUGAAAGGGGAGCCUUUGGGCGUGGUCAGUAACUGGCCCCCAGCUCUGCAGGCAGCGCUGGCCCGUUGGGGGGCCACUCAGGGGAAGAGCCCUGCCCUCACUGCCCUUGACAUCACGGGCAAACCUCUCUACACGCUGACUUAUGGGAAACUGUGGAGUCGCAGUGUGAAGUUGGCGUACACCCUCCUGAACAAGCUGGGCGCAAAGAACGAGCAAAUCCUCAAACCUGGCGACAGGGUGGCGCUGGUGUACCCCAACAGUGACCCCGGUAUGUUCUGGGUGGCCUUCUACGGCUGCCUCCUGGCUGAAGUCAUACCCGUACCUAUUGAAGUACCACUGUCUCGCAAAGAUGCAGGUAUCAGCCAGGUGGGGUUUCUGCUCGGUAGCUGUGGUGUUGGUCUGGCUCUGACCAGCGAGAUCUGUUUGAAGGGUUUACCCAAAACACCCACUGGGGAAAUAAUGCAGUUCAAAGGCUGGCCUCGACUCAAGUGGGUGGUGACAGACUCAAAAUACCUGACCAAGCCUUCCAAAGACUGGCAGCCGCAUAUCCCCACUGCCAACACUGACCCUGCAUAUAUAGAGUACAAGGCGAGUAAAGAGGGUACAGUGGUGGGAGUGGCUGUGUCUAAAGUAGCCAUGUUGACCCACUGCCAAGCACUGACGCAGGCCUGCAACUACUGUGAAGGGGAAACUUUGGUGAAUGUCCUGGACUUUAAAAAGGAUAUGGGCCUGUGGCAUGGAGUUCUCACAGCUGUGAUGAACAGAAUACACACUAUCAGUGUUCCCUAUGCAGUAAUGAAGGCAUGUCCUCUCUCUUGGGUACAGCGGGUUCACAUCCACAAAGCUCGUGUUGCUUUGGUGAAGUGCCGUGAUCUACACUGGGCCAUGAUGGCUCAUCGGGACCAGAGAGACACUAGCCUGGCUUCAUUAAGGAUGCUGAUUGUUGCUGAUGGUGCUAACCCCUGGUCGGUGUCUUCCUGUGAUGCCUUUCUGAACGUCUUUCAGUCCCACGGGCUGAAACCUGAGGUCAUCUGUCCCUGCGCCACCUCUCCUGAGGCUAUGACUGUGGCUAUACGCAGGCCGGGAGUACCGGGUGCACCCCUCCCCGCCCGUGCCAUCCUUUCCAUGGGCGGCCUGAGCCACGGUGUCAUCAGGGUCAACACAGAGGACAAGAACUCCGCCCUGACUGUACAAGAUGUGGGACACGUCAUGCCUGGAGCUCUGAUGUGCAUUGUGAAGCCAGACGGGCCUCCUCAGUUGUGUAAAACAGAUGAGAUAGGUGAGAUAAUAAUCAAUUCCCGCGCCGGAGGCAACAUGUACUACGGCCUGCCUGGAGUCACAAAAAACACUUUUGAGGUAAUUCCAGUUAAUGCUAAUGGAGUUCCCAUUGGAGAGAUUCCAUUUGUGCGGUCAGGCCUCCUGGGGUUCGUUGGCCCAGGCAGUCUGAUCUUUGUGGUGGGGAAGAUUGAGGGUCUGCUGAUGGUGAGCGGGCGGAGACACAAUGCAGACGACCUGGUGGCCACCGCUCUUGCCGUGGAGCCGGUCAAGACUGUAUACCGUGGGAGGAUCGCUGUGUUCUCAGUCACAGUGUUUUAUGAUGAGAGGGUGGUGAUUGUUGCAGAGCAGAGGCCAGAUGCCAGCGAGGAGGACAGCUUCCAGUGGAUGAGCCGAGUGCUUCAGGCGAUCGACAGCAUCCACCAGGUGGGCCUCUACUGUCUGGCUCUGGUUCCGGCCAACACCUUACCCAAAACACCCCUUGGUGGCAUCCACAUCUCUGACACCAAGCAGUUCUUCUUAGACGGCAACCUGCACCCCUGCAACAUCCUGAUGUGUCCCCAUACGUGUGUCACCAACCUGCCCAAGCCCCGCCAGAAGCAGCCCGUUGGUGUAGGUCCUGCGUCUGUGAUGGUGGGAAACCUGGUGGCAGGGAAGAGGAUUGCACAGGCUGCAGGCAGAGACCUUGGCAUGAUCGAAGACCAGGAUCUUGUCCGAAAGCUCUGUAUGUGGCCCACUGUGAUGCACCAGUAUUUGACAGAGGCUCUGCAGUGGAGGGCACAGACAGAUGCAGACCACGUCCUCUUUGUUCUCCUUAACGCAAAGGGUGUGACAGUGAGCACAGCCACCUGCGUCCAGCUUCACAAGCGAGCAGAGAAGAUAGCCGCAGCGCUCAGUGAGAAAGGCAGCAUCAACACUGGAGAGAACGUCGUGCUGCUUUAUCCUCCCGGCAUUGAUUUGAUUGCUGCCUUUUAUGGCUGUCUCUACGCCGGAGUUGUUCCUGUGAACGUCAGACCUCCACACCCUCAGAACCUGGCAGCCACGCUUCCCACUGUUCGCAUGAUUAUUGAUGUCAGUAAAGCUGCGUGUAUCCUUACCACUCAAAAUCUCAUGAGGACUCUGCGCUCCAAAGAGGCUGCUGCUUCUGUAAACAUUAAAACGUGGCCAACAAUCAUUGACACAGAUGACCUUCCUCGCCGCCGGCCUCCACAGAUCUAUAAGCCGCCCACAGCAGAGAUGAUUGCUUAUCUGGACUUCAGUGUGUCAACCACAGGCAUGCUGACUGGGGUUAAGAUAUCUCAUGCAGCGGUCAGUGCUCUGUGUCGCUCCAUAAAGCUGCAGUGUGAGCUGUACUCCUCACGCCAAAUAGCCAUCUGCCUGGAUCCUUACUGCGGUCUGGGCUUCGUCUUGUGGUGCCUCGCAAGUGUUUACUCAGGUCACCAGUCCAUCCUGAUUCCUCCCUUUGAGUUGGAGAGCUGCUUGUCUCUGUGGCUGAGCACGCUCAGUCAGUACCGCAUCAGAGACACCUUCUGCUCGUACUCCGUCAUGGAGCUGUGCACUAAAGGACUGGGCACUCAGACUGAGUUACUAAAGGCCCGUGGUGUGAACCUGUCGUGUGUGCGGAGCUGUGUGGUGAUAGCGGAGGAACGCCCUCGACUCGCUCUCUCACACUCCUUCUCCAAGCUGUUUAAGGACAUCGGGCUUUCGUCCAGAGCUGUCAGCACUGCUUUUGGUUCCAGGGUAAACCUGGCCAUCUGCCUGCAGGGCACCACUGGUCCUGAUCCCUGUACGGUUUAUGUGGACAUGAAGUCCCUCCGACAUGACAGAGUGAGGCUGGUGGAGAGAGGAGCCCCUCAGAGUCUUCCUCUAAUGGAGUCUGGCAAGAUCCUGCCAGGUGUUCGGGUAAUAAUUGUAAAUCCAGAGACCAGAGGUCCACUUGGUGAUUCUCAUCUUGGAGAGAUCUGGGUGAACAGUCCUCACAGUGCCAGCGGCUACUACACCAUCUACGGAGAGGAGAGCCUUCAGGCCAACCACUUCAACACCAAACUCAGCUUUGGAGACCCGCAGACCUUAUGGGCCAGGACGGGAUACCUGGGUUUUGUAAAAAGGACUGAAUUGUUGGAGGCCAACGGAGAUCGGCACGAUGCUCUCUUUGUGGUGGGUUCACUGGAUGAGACCUUGGAGCUUAGAGGGCUGCGCUACCACCCAAUUGACAUUGAAACCUCAGUGUCCCGGGCUCACCGCAGUAUAGCUGAGAGUGCUGUGUUUACAUGGACCAACCUGCUGGUGGUGGUGUCGGAGCUGUGUGGUUCAGAGCAGGACGCGCUGGACCUGGUGCCUCUGAUAACCAACGUGGUGCUGGAGGAGCACCACCUCAUCGUGGGCGUGGUGGUGAUUGUGGACCCCGGGGUCAUACCCAUCAACUCCAGGGGAGAGAAGCAACGCAUGCACCUUCGUGACUCUUUCCUCGCCGACCAGCUGGACCCCAUCUAUGUCGCUUACAACAUGUAAGGAGGUCGUGGCGAUCUGGGCUUGUUUAGCCAUCGUCCACAGUCUGGAUGCUCCCGCACCGUCACCUCAGCACUCGACUACAGCUUUGGCAGAGGGUGAAAAGGAAAAAGCAUGAACCACGUGUACUGCCACCCAGCUCUGCGUGACACCAGCAUAUCUCGGCCACUGCAUGUCUGUGAUUGGACCUGCCAUGUUUGGAGUUCUUCACUGUGUUUUAUAGCUAGCAUUUUGCAAAAUGGGACAGAGGCAACGUGUACUGCAUAUAGCAAAGGAAAAAUAAAAGCCCCAGUUGCACUUUUAUAGGGAAAGGGUGAAAAAAACACACAAAACAGGACCACUUUUGAAUAUUAAUGUCUUUGUGAAAAUCCAUCGUCUUAUUCUACCACAAACCUCUUAAAACACUUUCCCUUCUGUGUUUACACAGAUUCCAAGAGCUACUAAUUCAACUUGAAAUGUUUUUUACAUGCAGCUUUCAAACAAACGCACACACGCAUGCGCUGAGCCCUUGUCAUUCCUCACUCGGAUAAAUAAAAGAGGGCAGAUUGAAGAAAAAAAAAUCAUAAAACAUGUCAGUCAGUCUGUGCACAUUAUUUUGAAAUCUCAUUUUAUCCCAUAAUAAUGAAGCCAAAAACAUUUCACAACUUUCCUGCCCUGAUAUAUUUCCUGCCUUAUAAAACUUCAGCCAUACAUUCCUAUAUUAAUUUUUAAUGAAUCUGUUAUUAAUGGCUGCUUAUUCUCCCUUUGGUUUUUGACAAGUAGUGGAAAUCCUGACAGAUACCCAGAGGGAUCAAAAUAAAAGAGGAAAGAGGCCAUAUUCUGUACUGUACCUAUAAAGGCCUGUUGUAUUUUAGAUACUGUACGUUACUGUAUAGAUAUUUUUAAUUGUAUAAAUGUAUAAAUGCUUGUCUCUCUCAGUUGAUGGUUUAGGGAUAGUUAACCCAGCUGAGGGAUGAUAAUUGUAGCAGAGAGAGGAUUGUAAAUAAGAUUUAACAGUUUUGACUUUUGAAACGCAACACUAGUUGUAUAAUGGAGGGUAAGGAUAAUUAAAGCAUUGUUAGUCAGGAUAGAUGUAACACUGCACUUUCUCAAUAAAAAAAAUGUCUAUUUUAUUAUAACAAUGAGGCAUUAUAACCAACGGUUCAGGAGCAUAUAUUAUUGUGAGGAGAGUUACCGGGAGGGCUAUCACUGUUAAUGCCAGGGAACUUCCCCGGCUAUUGGAGAAAAAAAAAAGUUGGCUAAAAACCAAUCUCAUGACUAUUUUCAGGCUAUCGGGUUAUUUUGUAAAAAGGUUUAAGAAAAAAAGGCCCACAUUUGUUCAUGUAAUUCUCAUUGCCAGUGUACUUUGUAUUGCUAAACAGUCAUACCCCCCUCACUUUUGUAUUGCAUAAUAGAGAAAGCCCCCGUCCCUCUUCCCGUCACACUCAAACUGUGUUUUGUCUCAUUGUGCUACUUUGUAAAGAAUUAUUUUGAAUUCCAGCAAGAUUUUUAAGUCUGUAGAAAACAGAGGCAAGUCAUCAUCUAUCUGGAUUAUUUUCUGUGUUCAGUCACUGGAUUUAAAAGCACUUGUGAAUGCAGUUGCAAAGCUGAGCCGCAUCUGAAAACAUCCUCCAUUGGCAAGUUAAUGUAUGAAACAAGGGUGUAUGAAAAAAAAAUUGCAUUAAGAUGUUUUUGCAAAAAUGUAUUUGGUUUCCUGUAUCUCGUGCUUUCCUUGUGCUCCUUGCCAUAAUUUAUAGCUUCUUUGUACUGGAUUAUACUGUAUUUCAGUGAUGAACACUUAAUGUCAACAUGUAAAUAGUUUUUGUUUUUUUUUUGUUUUUGGACUUUUGUGGUUCUUCCAGUAUAGCAUUCACUCAUGCCAAACACAAGAAAGAAUCAUUUCAAGAUAAACAGGAAUAUGAUCCACUGAACUAAUGCACUUUGCACUGGUGGUACUUACAGUAAACUGUGUGGACUAACUA